AUGGUGACCGCGAGCUUCAGCCGGAGCACGUCGGCGCGGCUCACAGCGAGGGGCGGCGUAGGGAGCCCCCGGGUCUCGUCCGCGGCGGCCGCGCACCGCAAGUGGUGGGGGUCACCGUCCGGCCCGUCUUUCGAGAGCACCGUCGCCCUGGCCCUUUGCCUGGCCUCCGCCGCGCUCGUGCUCUCCUGCGGCCUGUACCUGUAUGUUUCCCGGUACCUGGGCCAGGGCCAGGGCCGCGCGGUCGCCGAGUUCGCCGGCGACAGUCUGGACUCCUGCAACGUGUUCGACGGCAGCUGGGUGCGGGACGAGAGGUACCCCCUGUACAACAGCUCCGAGUGCCCGUUUGCGGAGAGGGGGUUCAACUGCCUCGCCAAUGGCCGGAGGAACACCGAGUACCUCAAGUGGCGGUGGAAGCCGCGGCAGUGCGACAUGCCGCGCUUCAGCGCCCGAAGCGUGCUGGAGUGGCUGAGAGGGAAGAGGGUCGUGUUUGUGGGGGAUUCAAUGAGCCGAACACAGUGGGAGUCCUUCAUCUGCAUGCUCAUGACAGGGGUGGACGAUCCCAAGAAGGUUUAUGAGGUGAAUGGCAACCAGAUCUCGAAGACGAUCCGAUUUUUAGGAGUGAGGUUUGAGUCAUUCAACCUCAGUGUGGAGUUCUUUCGAUCGGUGUUCCUUGUGCAGCAGACCCCUGCUCCUCCUCUACAUGUGACAAAAAGGGUCCGCGCGAUUCUCAAGCUCGAUAAGAUGGAUGAUCUUAGCAGGAAAUGGGCGAACGCUGACGUGCUUAUUUUCAAUUCAGGACAUUGGUGGACUCCCAGCAAAUUAUUUGACAUGGGUUGUUAUUUUGAGGCUGGAGGCUUGCUUAAACUGGGAACAUCAGUUAAUUCUGCUUUCAAAAUGGCACUGGAAACAUGGGCUUCAUGGGUCAAGGAAAAAGUGGAUUUAAAACGAACACGUGUCUUCUUCCGGACAUAUGAGCCAUCUCAUUGGAGUGGCUUGAACCAAAAGGUAUGCGAAGUAACAGAAAGACCUACAACCGAGGCCAUAGGAGCUGACAGGAGUGAAUUUAGGGAUAUACUUGCUGAUGUUGUUGCGAACAUGAGCGUUCCUGUCACUAUACUGAAUGUGACUUUGAUGGGGGCCUUCAGGAGUGAUGCGCAUAUUGGUAUUUGGAGUCAUCCUUCUACCAUACUUGAUUGUAGCCACUGGUGUCUUCCCGGAGUUCCAGAUGCUUGGAAUGAGCUAAUAUUUUCUCACCUUUUGACGGAUGUUGCCAUCAACGAGAGGCAAAGGCAACCCAAAGAGGAAAGCGUGCUGCCGUGCGGUUCCGCGAUUUCAAGUGCCCCUGGACCUAAACCCUAG